GUGGGGGGGGGGGGCGUGCUGUGCUGAUGAUGGUGGCGUUGGCGGUGCUGAUGAUGAUCUCUGGGCGAUGGUGACCGCGCGCAUCGCUCUGCCGUGAAGGAGCCAGCGAGCGCUGCGUUGCAUCGUCCGCGGAGGGAGAGCAGGAGGAGAGGAGAGGAGGGGGGGCGGAGAGAUUUUCCUGUCGCCCGCCUAGUCGCUUCCCCGACGGCAUGGACACAGCGUGAGAGGAGGCGUCCACGCUGUGUUCAUUCGCCGGUGUUCCCCCUCGCGUCGUCUCUCGGCGUUCGUCGGCGUCCGUCGUCGUCGUCGUCAAACCGAGGCUCGCUGCGACGGGCGAUGGACCGCGCGCAGCGCACGAGCGGCCUCCACAAACUGAGCGACGACAGCUUGAGCAAGGAGCCCGAGGAGGUGUUCGAUGUCCUGGAGAAGCUGGGAGAGGGAUCGUAUGGGAGCGUCUACAAGGCCAUCCACAAGGAGUCGGGGCAGGUGAUGGCCAUCAAGCAGGUGCCUGUCGAGUCCGAACUACAGGAGAUCAUCAAGGAGAUCUCCAUCAUGCAGCAGUGUGACAGCCCCUACGUGGUGAAGUACUACGGGAGCUACUUCAAGGACACGGACCUGUGGAUCGUGAUGGAGUUCUGCGGGGCCGGCUCCGUCUCCGACAUCAUCCGCCUGCGGAACAAGACGCUGCGCGAGGACGAGAUCGCCACGGUGCUCAAGUCGACGCUGAAGGGCCUCGAGUACUUGCACUUCAUGCGCAAGAUCCACCGCGAUAUCAAGGCCGGCAACAUCCUGCUCAACACCGACGGUCACAGCAAACUCGCCGACUUUGGGGUCGCGGGCCAGCUCACGGACACGAUGGCUCGCAGGAACACGGUGAUCGGCACGCCGUUCUGGAUGGCGCCCGAAGUGAUCCAGGAGAUGGGCUACAACUGCCUGGCGGACGUGUGGUCGCUGGGCAUCACCGCCAUCGAGAUGGCCGAGGGGAAGCCGCCCUACGCCGACAUCCACCCCAUGCGGGCCAUCUUCAUGAUACCCACCAACCCGCCACCCACCUUCCGGCAGCUGGAACUGUGGACGGACGAAUUCGUGGAUUUCGUCCGGAAGUGCCUGGUGAAGAACCCGGAGCAGAGGUCCACGGCCACCCAGCUGCUCCAGCACCCGUUCAUCGUGGCGGCCAAACCGGUGAGCAUCUUGCGUGAGCUCAUCACCGAGGCCAUGUCUAUGAAGUCGAAACGCAACGAGCCUCUGCAAGCCGACCGGGUUGCAGACUCGGACAAUUCGGCCGAGGAAGAAGAAGAAGAAGACGAAGAAGAAGACGAAGAUGACGACGAAGACGACGUUGGCCGCACCAUGGUGCGCACGACGGUCAAGGGCGGUGGCAUGGACCCAGGGGGAGCCACUCCGGGGAAGGUGGUCGCAGGGGGGGCCACGGCCACGGCCACGGCGGCGGCUGCCGCUCGAUCGGUCGCGGAGCACGGGGCCGGGCUGCUGGGCAGCGAGCUCAACACGAUGGUGAUCAACAAGGAGGAGGAGGAGGAGGCCGCGGGGUGCCAGCCCGGCCGGAAGGGCUGCGGCCAGCACGGCCGCGAGGCCGGGCCGGAACAGACCCUGCGGCCGUGCUGUCUGCAGUACGCGGAGCGCGCCGAACCGGACGGGGACCCAGGCGGAGGCCUCAACGGCCGCGAGGGCCACUACGGCGCCGCCGACGGGUGGAGGCCCCCCCUCGACGCCUGCUUUGACUUCUUGAGGAACCUGAGCCUGGAGGAGCUGCGCAUGAGACUGGGCGCACUCGACCCCCUGAUGGAGCAGGACCUGGAGCAGCUGCGCCGACGCUACCAGGCCAAGCGGCAGCCCAUCCUGGACGCCAUCGACGGGAAAAAGCGCCGCCAACAGAACUUUUGAGCGGAGCUUGCCGGGCUGGGUGAGGUUCUCAGCCACGCGGGGCGUUGUGAUAGAGCGAUGACUUCCGACAGCCGACAACAACAAAACUCACCGAUCAGAGAUGUUGCCACCUCCCCCCCCGCCCCCAUCAAUUGUAUUUGGAAGCCAAGUAAGCACGUGGCGUUUUGCCUUUGCCCGCCACAUGUGAGUCCUUGCGGAUUGCGAAUCGAUGUUUUAAUUCGUAGCGAUGCGACUCAGUCGAACCGGCACAGCCAGCUCAAGAGUGGGUCGGGAAUUCAUCGUGAAAAUGUCGAUGAAUUGGCAUUGCAUAUAUUGGCAAUCUAGUCAUUGGAAAUCGAUGUAGUGGCAAUACUUGGAUCGAGUCGUCGUGUAAUUCCCCCCCCCCCCCACCAGCCUUUAUUUCAUUGGCUAGACAUCAGCAGGGAUCGGUGAUUGUGUCGCAGUGGGCUCGAAUUGUACCACAUUGCCCCGUCGCCCAUUCGUAAAAAAACUGAAGUUGAAACGGCGUCGAGUUUAUGUUGUUGUUGUUAUUUAUUGUUGUCGUCAUUGCGACGGCGCGUGCUGCACCGCAUGAACAACAACAACAACAUUGUCGCCCUGCUUUGUUUGCUUCGUUUAAAACGCAACAAAAGUAGCGUUGCCAGAGGCGAAGUGCGACCCCGAGCAAAACGCCGCGGUCGACGCGGCACUGGUGGGUUCAUGCUCUUUUUUUUUGUCCGACCGGUAUCGUGAUUUAAGGGCUGUUUGUUGUUCGUCAUCAUAAUCGCGGUCCGCCGACGGGCGGACCACGAGCUAAAGGAAGUUUGCACGAGGCCGUGGCCAACUUUGGAGCAGCUUUUGUGUCCGGGCGUGUCUUUUUUGUUAAGUUUGAAAAAAAAAAGUUAACCUCGCCGCGCUUGGACUGAUCGAGUUCGAGCCACGUGGUCUUGGCCAUAAUGAAUUCCUACAUGGCACGCGUUUUAUUUAUGUAUAGGACAAUGUGGAUAAGCUUACUGAUUAAACUUGAUUAAUAUGUUUAUAUACGUGAGUAACACACUCUAGAAUUUUCAGAUAUUCCUUUUUUAUGUCUGCAUAUGUUUCAAUCCAAGGCCAAUAGUUUUCCUUUCCUUGCCGAGAUCCCCUCUCCCAGACUUUCUGGAUUUGGGCCAUCCAGGAGAGAAAGUGAGGGCGUAUACGAGGCCUCAAACCUCCCUGCCAAUGUUUUACUGACGAUCAUCGACUUGGGCUGUCGUUGAUUUUAAUGGCUCUGUUAACGCAACAAGCGUGUUGCAAAAACAGAAGCAAGCGCAACAUUUGAAGCUUGCAACAGAGUUACAAAAGUUGUGCAGGAUGCACCGUUUAACUUCAGCUUUGUGGACCACAGCGGUACACAAUGUUCAGCCUGUUGGGUGAAGGUUACCCCCCAUUACUCCGGGUUAGCGAAACAAUCUGGGAGGCAUUUGAUCCCUGCAGAUCGUGGAGCAUCGAUCUGCACUCUGAAUUUGGAGGCUACUACACACUCUAGGGAGCAGGUUGCCAAACUUGGCUAGAAAAUGACUAGGACCAACUUGACAAAAAUCUGAAAAAUAAUUUUGCCGAAAUUGGUGAUCCAACCCAAAGUGUUGACAUAUCGCAAUCUACAAAAUAGUAUUUAUAUCGCAAUUUGUAAUUUUAUAAUCGGUAUAUCGUUGGUGAAAGGGGGGGGGGGGGCUCUUGGGGUUAGAGAGUGGUCUCAGAGUGGUGAACACACUGCGCUGUUAACCCGUUGAGCUGGAUUCAAUGUCCAGCCACGGGUAACACUAGUGGGCAAAUUGGUACCUGAAUCUGUGCCUCUUUCACCAACUCGCAGUGACCGGCAGGGUGACGGAUGGUUGAAGCAAACCACGUGGUUGACACGGCGUGGGGAGGCCUUCGUCCAGCAGUGGAUGGACAAAAGGGCUUGCGUAGUAUUAUAGUUGUAUCGUUGUAAAGGUGACGGAAGUGUAACGUGACCUGAGAGAAUACGUUUCUUUCAGUUUAAUACGUAGAAGGCUUUCGCGAACCAAUAUUAUCCAUAGAGGUCUGUUUGGGGCGGUUGGAUUGCAUAAUUAUAGAUGUGUCAUUAAACCCGCCACCGCCCGACAUGCCAGUUCGUUACUAGUACAGCAACACCGCUUGUGCAUUGCAGAGUAAACCCACAACAUUUACAAUUCGAGUACGACGGAGGAAGAGAAAAAACGGCAGCAUGUACAAGCACGGUGUACAUGCGUGCUGUAUGUUGGUUACCCUAUGAAUAACCCAACCGUUAAUGGAUAUCCAUUGUAAUUUAUAUGCACACAUUAACCCCUCCCCUCUGGCCUUCCCACCUGAUUGGCUCACAGGUGACGCCAUCACAUCUAUCCCUCUAUUUCGGAAGGAAACGGAAAGGAUUUCUCCGCAACUCUGGCUGCCGCCUGAUGAUGCUAGUUGCAAUUACUUACUAGCGAUACGUCGCACUCGAAUUGUCAACGUUGUGGGUUUACUCUUCAACACACCGGCGAGUGCUGUACUUGUAACGAAUUGGCACGCUUCGCUUAUGCGACAUACUACUAAUUGGCUCUGUCGGGUGGUGACGGGUUUAACGACACGUUCAUAUUUACGCGAUCUUCUUUCAACUGCCAGAAUAAAUCAGCGUAAUCUGUAACUUUACCACCGUUAAGAUAACUUUACCUUAUCGUGUUACCAAAUUAUUUAUUUAUAGAGUUCACUUUACAAAUGCGAGUAUGGUUUCAUAUGUGUACGUGUGUUAAUGCUUCCGAAUCACAUGCACUUUAAAUAUGUAUGCAGAUUUACGUGUUUGCCAAUUUAAGGAUUUGUUCUUUUUAUUAUAAUAGUCGGGCUAUCCAGUGAAACUGAAACGCUUUGAUUUGAAUGUGAAAACAGAAGUGUCAAUUUGGAGGUCACUUCAAUGCUCCUUGGAAUGAUUAAUUAGACAAUUAAUUUAUUUCUGAUUUACAACAUGGGCCUCAUAAAACAUGGCGGCCAUCACGUCCCCGUGAUUCAUCCACGCACGACACGGCUGAGCAGCACUGGCAUUUCGACAGAACACACACACACACACCCAUUAUAUACGCCUGUGACCAAGGCCACCUAGAACGCUCCUCAUAGUUCCAUUUUUUCCAUUUAUUUGGUAUAGCCCUGUGAGCCAUUCGGCUCUUGAAUCGGGUGCAACCGCAACAAACAAAAAACAAAAACAUCAACAAGAAAACAUCUUAAAGUGACUAUGGUGACUGU